AUGCCUCAAAAUCCUAAUUUAUUUCGGUAUGAUAAUUACGUGAAUAAUUUUUUGGUACCUCCUGCGGACCCAAUUUUCCUACCAGUCAUUCCACAGUACGAAGUUGAUGUACACGAUCACCAAGCAAAAUUUUUUAAUACUGGUUUUGGGGUCACUAAAUAUCAAACAAUAUUUGUUCGAGAGACUGUGCGUCCUGUAUGCUUAUUAGUAGAAAGGAAAGUACCAUCUUGCGAUCAUUAUUCAGAUUAUGACUAUCCUUAUCGACCCAAAAGUUGGUUACACGGCACCAAUCGAGAUGCGGAUGUAGAUCUUUCAACUUAUCUCAUAGACCCUAGCAGGCCUCAUGCAAAAAUCGAGAUUACAGAUAUACCGUUUAGAGGACCUUAUCUUUUGUUUGGUGCCACUGUAACAUUAGACGAAGAAGAACCACAAAAAACGCCACCACUGGAAUUUAUUCCAGUCAAUGAAGAUGUGAAAGACGAACGAUUCUUACGACAAAUAUUCUUAACUUCUCACAAAGCUGCUGAAGUUACUAUCGGUAUUACGGAAAUACAAAAAGUUAUUGAUGAUAAAGUUGAAGUAACUCUAGUUCCUAAAAAUUGUAUACCAAAUAAUCCAAAAAUAAGGAAGUGCAAGAAAAAUUCCUCCGUGAUUUUUAAUUCAGAUGAUGUUAUUAAAAAAAUUAAUUUAUUAAUGAAAGAUUUUACACGCGAAAUUAAUUCAUUUUUUUUAUCAUUUUCACGGCGACCUGUUCUAAUAACUAACACUGAAAUGUUUGUAACUGAAGAUCAAGAGUCAGUGGAAAGUAGUUUCAAAAACAUGGAACAUGAUAAUAAAGCAAAAUCAGUUUUUAAUGUUACACUUGAAAUGCUUAUUACUGAAAACUUAAUUUCAGAUGAACAUAAUCCUGAUGAUUUUGAGAGGAUGACUUUGUAA